AUGCCUAUUAACUACAUUGCAAAUCUUAUCGUGAAGGGACCGGAAAAUACAGCAGGAUGGAAGUAUAUUCGGAAAUUGGGGCCACCUGCUUUAUUGAUCACUCUUCUUAAGCUAUAUUUCAAUGGAUCAAACAAUACAUGGCAGCGUGAUCUUCACGGGAAGGUGUACAUGAUUACAGGAGGGACAUCUGGAAUUGGAUCGGAAUUGGUGAAAGAACUGGCACAGAGAGGUGCACAGCUAGUUCUUCUCACAUCCCAAUUAGAAAAGGAUAAUAGUGGUGCAGUUUGGAUUACAGAUUAUGUGGAUGAUCUACGUGAUGCAACUGGCAAUCCUUUAAUAUACGUGGAGCAAUGUGAUCUAUCAUCGCUUUACUCAGUUCGGAAGUUCGCAACAAAAUGGUUGGACAAUAGGGUGCCAAGAAGACUUGAUGGAAUUAUAUGCCUUGCUUCGGAAAGGGUGCCACCCGGAAAGCAAAGAGAAGUCAGUACAGAAGGUGUUGAAAAGCAACUCGCAGUCAACUAUUUGGGCCAUUACCAUCUUCUCACAUUGCUUAUUCCUGCUAUAAAAUCCCAGCCGAUUGAUAGGGAUGUUAGAAUUGUGCUAUCGACAUGUUCAACCCAGGCAGUGGGAACUGUUGACCUGGAUGAUUUACUAUGGGAAAAUAAACUAUACCCAAGUCGAAGCCCAUGGAGAGUUUACGGAAGCUCCAAAUUGAUGCUUCACAUGUUUGCGAAGGAAUUUCAAAGAAGGCUUGAUGAAGAAUACAAAAAGAAGAAGCAUUCACCAGAUGUUGUUAGUAGAAUCAAAGUGAAUGUCGUAAAUCCCGGCAUUGUGAGGAGUCCAUCCACGCGGAGAUUUCUUUCGUUUGGUCGCGUUUUUGGUCUCUUGCUAUAUCUAAUAUUAUAUCCAGUCUUUUGGAUAUUUUUCAAGUCUUGCGAAUCGGGCAUGCAAUCUAUUAUCUUUGCUUUAUCAUGUCCAGACCUCUUGAAUAUUGAAGGGGGCAAGUACAUAAGAGAGUGUAAAAUUGUGGACACUAAACUCAGAAAGGAACUAGAGGACGAGAAAUUACAGAAGGAGCUUUAUGAUGAGACUGCCAAAAAAAUCGCUGAACUUGAAAAGAUAUCGGCCCUCGAAAGAAAUAUUGGUAAUAAGAAAGUUAAAAAGGGAAAGAACGCAAAGAAAGUUAAGAAAGGAAAGAAAGAGGAGGCAGAAGGUAUCGAGAACUUGUUGAAAGAGAAAAUUAAUGGACUUUCAAACGCAGACAGAAAUAGGCUUUUCACAUCUGUCUUCGAUGACUCAAAAGAUGUGUAUCCAGACAUGAAACAUAAGGAUUUAACAGAGGAGCAGGAGAGUGCAAGGAAUAUUCUUUUAAAGAAACUUGACGAAAAAUACGAGGCUUCACGAAAGAAGGUCACAACCAAGGAUAACAGUAAUGGAAAGAAAAGCGUAUAA